AUGCCCAAGAGGGGAGGAAAGAAGAAGAAUAAUAAGAACAAGGGCAGCGGCGGCGGCGGAGCUGCCGCGAAAGCCGCCGUCCCUGAUGUGAAGAACGUCGAAAGCACAGCGCAGAAGGAAGAAGAGCGCCUCGAAGGUGAAAGCGCUGAGAAAACUGCGGAUUCGUCUGCAACGGCGCCUGCUGCGCUUGCUGCCUCGACCGAAACCCCGGUCGCAGGAGACGCAGGCGAAGGUGACUCGAAGAAUGACGCUCAGAGUUCCGAGCCUAGCGUCAGUGAGGACAAGAAAGAGGAAGUAGUCGAGCCUGCGCGUGAGAAAGAAGAUACCCCCGCGACAGCUGCCUCUGAGCCGGCUGAGUCGGUUGCCACAACCUCCCCUACAGAUGCGAUGUCUGCACCAGCCGAAAAGAGCUCAUCAGAGAAAGAGACGGAAGACAAGACUGAGGCCACUGAGGACACCAAGGCCACGAGCGAAGAGUCAAAGCCUGUUUCAACACCGUCAGAAACUGUCGUGAAGGAUGAUACCGCAUCGAAGGCUGAUGCCGCCGCCGAAGUUCCCACUGCUCAGGACACGCAGAAAACGGACGCAACGCCCUCUACCGUCCCAGAGAGCAACGCCGAAAAGAGCCCCAGCGGUGAGAAAGAUGCUUCUCUGGCUGCUCCACACGUCAAGCGUCCCCACCAGACUCCAGUGUUCGUCACGCAGGAAAGCGAGCAGCCUCCAAAGAAGCCCCGCGUCGAUGACCAUGAAGUCGCCGCAAAGAUGAUAGGCGACAGUUUCGCGACCGGAAAAGAUGCCAGCACAUCAGAAUUAGAUGUCCCCGGCAGGUUCCCAGGAACACCUUCAGUUGCUGACUCUGCUGCCUCCGUAACCGGCAGCGCUGCUGGUGGCCCUACAAGUGAUGCUACCGACAGCGCAAAGGCCAAAUCGUCUGUCGCGAAUGACACUCUCGCAAGCAACACAAACAGCACUGAUGUCGCCGACACUGUCAAGGCCAACUCAUCUGCCGCCAACGAAACCGUCACGAGUGAGACAGACGAUGUUGUCGGUGAUGUUGCCGACAGCGCAAAGGCCAAGGAAUCCGCCGCGACCGACGCUCUCACCAGCAAAACCGACAACGUCUCUGAGAAUGUCACCGACAACGUCAAGGCCAGCCAAUCUGUUGCGAAUGACAACGUCACAAGCGAGAAAACCGCGGAUACCACGAGCGCUCAGAAAGACGACGACAACAAGGGACCUGCUACCACUGCUUCGACGUCAGAUAACCAGCCGGCUCCAGCAGCCUCUGACGCAGCCCCAGACGCAGCCCCAGACAAAUUGACAACGGAGCAAAUAGCAGGCGCAGGCAAUGGUGUUGCUACCGCCGGACUGGGCACCCAAGUGCUCAAUAAGAGCAACAACGGCGAUAUUUCAUCGACCAAAGCCGCUACCUCUGACUCUCCGCUUGUGGCUACUGGCGUUGACACCAGCAGCAAAGUCGUGGACGCUGGUGCAUCGGCCGCAAAGGAUUCGGAUGCGAACCAGACCUCCGCGACUAACGGCCAGUCCUCGAGCCAGGCGGCCCAGGAUUCCACACAGGCUGCACAGCCUGAAGAAUCUAAACCAGACAAGCCCGAAGAGGCUGCCCCUGCCAAGAAUGACGAUGUCAACGGCAAGGCAGACAGUGCGCCAGCAAAUACCAGUGAGCCGGAACAGAAGCCACAAGAGACUCCUGACCGAUCUCAAAGCACUGCUGCAAUUGCUCAGACCAAAUCGAAGAGCUCUGGGAAGUCGUCUGAGAAGAAGGGCGGUUUCUUCGCUUGGCUCAAGCGCAAGUUCAGAGGGGAGAAGUCAGAGAAAUCAGUGAACGGAACCACCAGCAACUGA